AUGGCCAUCACUUCCAAUCCACUGAUCGAGCGCACAGAGUCCCCUUCCCUACUCCUCAGAGGUUGCAGAAGCGGACUGUCUUGGACAGCACCCCUAAACCCCCGAGCUGGAUGUGGAACGCAGUCUCCCCGCACCCCCAGCCAAGCAAACCGGCAGCGCCGCCAGUCGCAGAGAGUUACCCGCCGAGGCCCGGGCGCGGUGACGGCAGAGGCAUGUGCGGGACUCCACGGCCGGGGCUCUCCGCUCUCCGCAGCGCGCUGCCCUCCGUCCCGUGGAGCCUGUCGCAUCGGGUCCCCGAAGCCCGGGGCAAGCGGAAGCCUAAGCGAGGUGGCACGGACACGAUCCCUUCUCCCUAGAGGUGGCCCCGGGGGAGCAGAGCAGGGCGCUGCGUCUCCGGGAGUCCGACACGACCGCCGGUCCCCUCACUGUCCGCGGCGCCCGGCCCCGCGUCCCCGGCGGCUGCGUGCGACGCCGCUGGAAGCUCCUCCUUGUCGCUGGCGCCCGAUGCACCGUGGCCGCCGCCCCCAAGUUCGCGCCGAAAGUGCAGCGCGGAGACUGGCGGAGGGCUCUGAGACCCUCCGGGCGGCAGCCGCGGGACCGGGCUCCUACCUUUAGGGCGGGGUCCGCUCGGUCUUGCCCGGAGUCCAGGACAGGAAAAUCACUGCGAAGGGAGGGCCCGGGAAGGGCGGCGGGUAGCUUCAGGACAAGAUGUUUUAGAAAUCUGCAUUAAAAGGAGAAGCUUUCUCCUCACCUGUAACAGAUAAAAUGCUAUACUUUGGGAUAAAGCUGGUCUGAGGUUGGGAGAGAGGCUACUUCCUGUGUGCGGACCGUGAGGAUCUACUGCCUUAAUCUUAGGAAGCAGACUUCCUAAAGACACCAUCAAUGGGAGCAACAUGGACCAGGAUGGUGAGACAACCCAGGAGGGCUUAACAACAUAGGAUAGACAUUGAGAUGCUUUAAAGAGGAAAAGCACUGUAAGCAUGGAGAUGUCAUCAUAUAUUCUCCAAUUCAAUAAAGGUUGCUGUUGUGGAUAUUA